CCCAGCAAUGGGUUGUAUUUAACCCAGCAUUUUUUAGAGUGUGCAAUUAAGAUAACAUGAUAGAGAUAAUAUGUCGUUUUACAGCUUUUCUUCUAUGGGUUUAGGUUUCAUAUGAACAGGGCUGCAUUGUUCAUGCGUAAUACUUUUGAGACCUCACACUCACUCUGAGGCUUGUGGGUAUGAAACUUUUGAUGGCUGCUUUAUCCACAGUAUUCCUUUCCUCAGUAUGACAUGGCAUUUUGAUAUACCCGUUGCUUAUAACACCUGUCCACAGUGUCAGUUGCUGUGCUGUUGUCAAAUCCACACAUGAUGUUAGCCUAUGCUCCCACACACACACUCCACUCCGCUGUUAUUAGUAUGGGAAAAUGUAACAGUACUGAUAAAUAAAGAGCCUGUGUGUUCAAGCUUUUGACAAGUAGUAUACAGAGAGACUGCACAAUUAUGUCCUCUUUGUCCUGGACAUGUUCUGGGCGUGAUUUCUAAAUUGCCUAGCUUUGGGUUUUAUCUUUGUUUUCCUAUAUUAGUUUUAUACUCGCUGAAGAUAAUGACUGAAGUUUGACCAAUAGAGCACAGGCUUCGUACACAAUCAACCAAUUGUGGUGAGCGAGAAGAUAGGAUCUACAGAGAACGGUCAAAGCAUGCGAAGAUAAGACAAAGGCCAUAAAACUGUCCUAAAGGUCUUUUAUAAGAAGCACUGACUGGAUCUCACAGCACUGAGAGAAACGCAGGUGAAGAGUCAAUACAGACCAACAAGAUCAACACAUGAAAGCAACUCUUAGAAGAUUUUUGACAAGAUGAGAAAAUUACUCUUGCUGGUUCUCACCAUAACAGCUUCUGCCAGUCCACUUCAGGAUGAGAAGCUUCCUGAUCAAGUGGUGAAGGUGCCGGCGGUUGAGAAAGAACCAAGGGUAGAGCACACAGAAGCAGAGCAAGGUCCUCUAAUGCAGGAUGAAACUGUUGCAGAUUCACGUAUGUUGGAGCCUGAUUCAGUGCUGCUGGGGCCAGAGACAACAGAGGAACACAGAGUACCAGAAGAGACACAAGUGAUGUUGGAGGAACCGAUGCUAGAGGCAGAUUACCUGACUGAAGAGAUGCCAGAGACAGAACUAGAGCCUGAGCCAGAAAUAACUGCCAUUCAGAUGAACAGAAACAUCAUACCUGUGGAGGAAGCUGUACAACAGUUAGAGUCUGAAACUAAUAUAGAGGUGGAAGAUGAAAAAGAAGAAAAUGUAGUAAAGGAGGAGCCUACACUUGAGGCUGAUUAUAUAGAGGUUGAAGAUCCAGAAAUACAAAUGGAACUUGGGAGGGAAAGACGAAGGACACAGAUUGGGAGAUGGACUUGUAGAGGAGUUGUCCUACAGGGCAAAUGUUACCAGUACUUCACAAGAAACCUUGAUGCCUAUACUGCUGAGUUACAAUGUCAAUCUAUCUGCCCCAAUGGCCACCUGGCCUCUGUGACAAGCAGCUACAUUCGUGACGGAAUGGGCAAGUUAAUGGACCGGUAUGGCGGGCGCACUCGCGCAUGGCUUGGAGGACGGAGAAUCAUUGGUACAAAUAAUUUUGUUUGGUUGGAUGGAACGCAGUGGAGCUAUAAUGGCUGGGCUUUUGGAGAGCCCAAUAAUGCUGGUGGGAUGGAGAAUUGCGUGGAGACGUGGAAUGAUCUGGCGUUCAGUGAUGUACCAUGCGCAAUACCCAAACCGUUCAUCUGUUCCUGUCCAGUUUAGACAGCCAGAAGGUUAACCUAACCUGCUAUACAGUAACUUAUGAAAAAAAUAAUAAUUAAUUAU